GACCCAACAAAGGUCAUGACUCAUGAAGCCACCUGACUCCCACUCUCCAUAUAUAAUUAUAUAAACCAUCGACCACUUUUAGUUCUUAGGGCACGCUCCGUCGCAGAUCCUUUGGACUCUCCGCUAUCAAAAUCACGCUGUACUUUGGGAUUCUGAUCUGAUCGUCCCCUCCACCUGUUCAAGUGUAGAUAUGGCGACUGUGAAUAUGUCGACCUUUAGAGUCCCAAUGUCAUGCUUGUUCAAGAGUGCCCCUGCGAGCAGAUCCUGUGCCUUAAUUAAGAGUCCAUCUUCCUUUGGUUCUGUAAAAUGCGUCUCCAAAAUGUUUGGCUUGAAGGCUUCUCCCUUCAAAGUAUCUGCAAUGGCAGUGUACAAAGUGAAACUGAUCGGACCCGAUGGUGAAGAGAAUGAAUUCGAUGCUCCCGACGAUUGUUACAUCCUUGAUUCAGCUGAAAAUGCCGGACUGGAGUUGCCUUACUCGUGCAGGGCCGGGGCGUGCUCUACUUGUGCCGGGCAGAUGGCUUCAGGAUCGGUGGACCAAUCAGAUGGAUCAUUUCUGGAUGACCAGCAGAUCGAGAAGGGGUAUGUGCUGACUUGCGUCUCAUACCCGACUUCAGACUCUGUGAUACACACCCAUAAGGAAGGUGAUCUUUACUGAGAGUAAUGUCCUGUGUGCCUUGCCGGCCUGUUGAUUACCUGAGUGGGGGGGAUCUUUGCAAGACUAGAAUUGUAUUUGUGAGCCAAAUGGUGGUGUGGCUAUUUAGUUUCAGAGUAUAUGCAUGCAUUAUUGCAAUUUAAUGACAAGCACUCAGUAGUUUUGAAGCAUGAAUUCUCCUGAAUCUUGUUCAAAAAUAAUGAACUGCUGCUGGUGUAUGGCUAUUUAGCUUC